GUGACGCAGAUUUGCUGGAGAUGGAUGGGAUUCUUGGGGAGUCUGUCACUUUCCCUUUAAAUAUACAAGAAUCACAGCAAGUUAAGAACAUUGCCUGGAUUUCUAAAUCAUCUGUUGCUUUUGUGAUACCGGGAGUCUCGGGAGCACCACCUAAAGUUGUUGUAACUCAAAAGAAUUAUGAAGGACGAAUAAAAGUUGUCAAUCAGAACUAUAACCUUGUGAUUAAAGACCUGAGGAUGGAAGAUGCAGGAACCUACAAAGCAGACAUAAAUAUAGAAAGCGCCAGUCACACCAUCACAAAGCUCUACUUCUUGAACAUCUAUCAUCGACUUGGAAAACCAAAGAUCACACAGAGUUUAAUAACACUCAAAAACAACACUUGUAAUGUCACACUGACAUGCUCUGUGGGGAAAGAAGAAAAGAAUGUGACAUAUAGUUGGAGUCCCUCUGGAAAAGAAAGCAAUGUCCUUCAAAUCUUCCAGACCCCUGAACACCAAGAGCUGACUUACACUUGUACAGCCCAGAACCCUGUCAGCAACAAUUCUGACUCCAUCACUACUCAGCAGCUCUGUACAGAGAUCCCAGGCCUCCAUCCUCGUCGCAUCAGGUUGCUCAGUGGUCUGGCUGUUCUCGCUCUGCUUAUUCUCAUUGCGUCUUCAGUGUUUCUGCUCCAUUUAUACAAGAAGAGGCAAGUCUUUAGCAACAGCCCAGGGGCCUUCAGGCUUCCCUGGAGAGCAGCCAGAGAACGUCAGUUAUCCAUAGGCAAACUGACAGACCACCACAAGAACCAGAGUAGAGCCAAUCCAGAGAGGAAAACACGACUGAAUGUCACCCAGUCCUACUCCUUGCAAUUCAACAACCUGACGAUGGCAGACAGUGGAUUUUAUACCGCCCAGAUAACCCUAAAGAGCUCUGAAAUGGAGGUCUCCAGUUAUGUUCUGAGGGUCUUAAAACGACUGAGUAAUUUACAAGUUAGCAAUCAUAUUCAACUGUCUGAGAAGGGGACCUGUGAAAUCCACUUGGUCUGCACUGUGGAGAAUCUAAAGUGUGCUGAGUCAUUUGGAUGGCUGGCCUCAGGAAACAUCUCUCUAAGUGAAUCAAACCUUACUGUCUCUUGGGACCCCACGAAUUCCAGUGAUCUGAAUUACACCUGCAUAGCUGAGAAUUCUGUCAGCAAUUUGUCUGUCACUGUCUCUGCCCAGAGUCUCUGCAAAGAUGUUUUUCCUAAGGAAAAUCUACACUGGGAUAAUAUAUGGACUAUAAUUAUAGUUUCGAUUGGUAUAAUCAUUUUAGUAUUCAUAUAUGCUUGGAAGAAAAGAACAGCUUCCUCACAGAACACAGAGUACACCCUAGGCUCUCCAGGGAGCACUGUGUAUGCACAGGUCACUCAUCCAAACCAGAGCAAGCCUAUUUGUCCCAGGGCAACUGCUCUUAACAACAUCAAACCAGUGCGGGUCUCGGCCUUCAUCAAGAAGCUUCUCUUUGCCACUAAAAGCAAUUAA